ACAGCCGCUAUUGUUACGCUCUUGGCCUGCGUAAUAGUAGUUCCCAACAAUAGCAUUGCACAGACACACAUCGUGACUGUGAUGAGUAGACCAGCGACUGUCAACGCAUUCACCUGUUUGCUUGCCUGAAGAGAACCACUAUCAGAUAGUCAGUGCUACAUCUCUUAGUCUUAUCAUCAAAGGAAUAUUACAAGAUACAAUCUUCACUGCACAUUGUCCCAUCUUGUGGGCAUCUCCCAAUGCCUUGCUGGCAUCAGAGUUGAAGAUACAAAAACAAUGGCUGGACCAGUGUUUAUAUGGAGCGGGCCUCCACUCUCACUUGUGUUAUUUAUAGUGUUUACAGCUUAUCUGCAUUGUACAGUGUCCCAAACUACGAUGCCCUGUGACGGAGUUAGGUGCAUGGAUUUUUCUUGCAUCAGCUCGGUUCAUGUUUGCGAUGGUUACUCGGAUUGCGUUGAUGGUUUAGCCACUGACGAACUAGACUGUCCAGUGUUAACGCCUUGUCGUAUUGGAUAUGAGAGAUGUCCAGGGACUGCAGGUCACACCAUUAAUGUCUGCAUUCCUCCUGAAUGGCGAUGUGACGGAGACAACGACUGUGGAGAUCACUCGGAUGAAAAUGUUGACUACUGCCGUGAAACCCCUUGCCCGUCAACUAUGAUAAAAUGCGCCGAUAGUUUCCGAUGUAUUUCAGGCACGUCAUACUGUAAUGGAGUACGGAACUGUGCGGAUGGGUCAGACGAACCCGCAGAAUGCCUAACAGAAAGCUUUACUUGCCCGACGGAUCAUUUUAAGUGUGCCAAUGGUCGUCGAUGUGUUCCCAAUCAGUGGCUGUGUGACAGAGAUGAUGAUUGCGGGGAUAAUUCUGAUGAAGAUGAUGCAGUACACAGCUGCAGUACCCAUGUGUGUAGUGACGAGUACUUUACAUGUCGUCAGAACCGCCCUGGCUUCAGUAAAUGUGUCGCUUUGGAUCUUGUAUGUGAUGGAACGAGCCACUGUGAAAACGCCGAGGACGAAGACCCUGCAUUUUGUGGUACCCGUCACCCAUGCCAGUCUUAUGAAUACCAGUGUCUGAAUUAUCUGUGUAUACCUUCCUGGUACCAGUGUGAUCAUGACAACGAUUGCGGAGAUGGAAGUGACGAAGGAGCCCAUUGUGAUUACCCGACCUGUCGAGAUGACAUUGAGUUCACAUGUAACAACGGUCGUUGUAUUCCACUGAACCAACGUUGUAAUGGAUAUGAUAACUGCAGGGAUAGCUCAGACGAACAAGACUGCACGUGUCCGGAAGGUUUCUUCCAAUGUCGGAACAAACAAUGCAUUCCAGAGGAUCUAGUGUGUAAUGGCUCCCCUAACUGCACGGAUAGCUCUGACAUUGGACCCUCUUGCAAUGUGAAUGAGUGCAGGAGUCCAGACUAUCCAGCCUGUAGCUAUGGGUGUGUAGAUGAACCGCUUUCGUAUCAUUGUACUUGUGAUGAUGGAUAUACCUUAGGAGAAGAUCAACACACUUGUGUCGAUUUCGAUGAGUGUGCUGAAACACCUAGUGUCUGCUCACAGGUUUGCAUUAACUUAGCAGGAAGUUACCUCUGCACUUGUGCAUGGGGCUAUACACAUGGGGCCGAAGGCUGCGUCGUUAACUACGGGGGUGAUCCAUUUAUAGUAUUUGGAAAUCGCUACUACAUACGCCGUCUUGGAAUUGAGCAAAACUCGGUCGACUAUGACCGCAUCGCUGACGACUUUGACCUCAUCGUUGCCUUGGACUUUGAUUAUGUGGACCAGAAGAUUUACUUCUCGGACAUCGGGAAUCAUUCUAUAAACCGCAUGAAUAUGGAUGGAACCAACAUAGAACAGGUUCACACAAACGGCGUCAUCAAUACUGAGGGUCUGGCUGUGGACUGGGUUACAAAGAAGUUGUAUUGGAUUGAUCGUAACCGUGACGUCAUGGAAGUUUCUGAUCUAGAUGGAAAGAAUCGUCUGGUUUUGAUUAGUUCCGGUCUCUUUGAACCUCGAGCAAUUGCUCUGGAUCCUGAACAUGGGUAUGCUUACUGGACUGACUGGGGACUGAGGCCAUACAUCGGUCGUAUUGGUAUGGAUGGAACUGACAAGAUGGAAUUACAUGACGAGAGAGUGGGCUGGCCCAAUGGAUUGACCAUUGAUUACGCAGCACAGCAUGUGUACUGGGUCGAUGCGCACUUGGAUUAUAUCUCCUACUCCGAUAUGGACUUUAAUCAUAUACACCGUCUCCUCCAUGAUGAUGAACAGCACACCAUCGCUCACCCCUUUGCCAUCACAGUCUUUGGAGACUACAUCUACUUCACUGAUUGGAAUCUUAAAGGAGUCUACAAGGCUCAUAAGUACAACGGCCAAGAAGUCGAGAUUCGUGCGACGGUUCAUCGACCCUUUGGUAUUCAGGUUGUACAUCCACUUCGACAAGAUCCAACUUUGAGCAAUGUCUGUGUUAAUGCUCCAUGUGAAGGACUGUGUCUCAUUGCUCCGGGAGGGAACGAGUAUACAUGUGCCUGCGCUGAGAAUCAUGUGGUGAACGGACACAGGUGCAUUCCAGCUUGCACGACUGCUCAGUUUGCAUGUAUUGCUGAACAAAAGUGCAUUCCCUGGUAUCGGCAGUGUAAUGGAAUCAAUGACUGUUCCGAUAACUCUGAUGAGCAGAAUUGCCCUGUGAGGUACUGCCAGCCUGGAGAGUAUCAAUGUAACGAUGGGAGCUGUUUGCAAUCGAUACUGUGGCUGUGUGACGGUGACAGAGAUUGCUCGGACGGUAGCGAUGAGGGGAGUGUUGCUAAAUGCUCCGUAAAUCAGUGUGAUACUUGGCAGUUUAGUUGUCUUGAUCGUUCUCGAUGUAUCAGCGAACGCAGAGUCUGUAAUCAAAUUAGUGACUGCAAUGAUGGGUCUGAUGAGUUAAAUUGCGAUACUCACAUGUGUGCUGAGGGGUACUUUAAGUGUACGACAAGUGGGUUUUGCAUCCCUGAAGAAUGGAAGUGUGAUCUGGACAAUGACUGCGGUGAUAACAGUGAUGAACCUCAUCGGGAAUGUCAGAAUGUGCAAUGUCCAGAUGGUUGGAUAAGCUGCUUAAACAGCUUCCGGUGUAUUCCUGAGUACGCUCGAUGUAAUGGUUACGACGAAUGUCGGGAUAACUCGGAUGAAAUUGGUUGUGAGGAAGUGACCUGCGACCCACUUGGGGAGUUCCGUUGCGACAAUCACCGUUGUAUCCCGCAGAGAUGGUUCUGUGAUUUUGAUAAUGAUUGUGGUGACUCCUCAGACGAGCCUCUGGGUUGUGAACCACGUCCCUGUAGUGAGAGUGAAUUCAGAUGUGUCAGUAGAGGACGCUGUAUAAGGGACCGUUGGCGUUGUGAUGGAUCUCCGGAUUGCAGCGACGGGUCAGACGAAGAAGGAUGUGGCGUUGUGUGUCGCCUGGACCAAUUUGCGUGUGCCAUCGGUGGUUGCAUCCCGGCCAACUUGACCUGUAACGGGUUUGAUAACUGUUUCGAUCGCUCGGAUGAGAUGAACUGUACUAAUCGUGUUUGCACAGCAGAUGAGUUUCGAUGCAGUAAUACGCUAUGUGUUCCUCAGUCAUCUGUCUGUAAUACCUACGAUGACUGUGGGGAUGGAAGUGAUGAAAGUACAGCGGCUUGCAUGAUGAUUACUUGUGACCUGACUAUUUCAUUUGAGUGUGCGGGUAAUGGUUUUUGCUUACCUCCACACAAGCUCUGUGACGGAAACGACGACUGUGGUGACAAUAGCGACGAGCAUUCUCAAUGUGAGGUACAGUGUACGCCUUCGACAUACCACUGUCAGAAUGAACAGUGCAUCUCAUGGGACAAAGUCUGCGAUUCGUUUCAAGAUUGUAGGGAUGGCUCCGACGAAACGUCCUGCUUCAAAAAUCCAACAGAAUGUAAUACGAUGAGCUGUCAAAAGCAAUGCAUCGCUCUUGGAUCAAGUUUCAUCUGUAGCUGUGGGGCAGGAUUUGCUGCGUCAUCAGAUGGAAUCUGUGAAGACAUCGAUGAAUGCUAUUUGUCCAGGCCAUGUGAUCAAGUUUGUUUCAACCGCAAAGGAAGCUAUGAUUGUAGAUGUGCCAAUGGAUUUGAGGAUCGUGGUAUCGAUGGACAAGACUGCAAGCCUAUUGGAGCCCAGGAAGUUAUCGUCUUUGGAGAUGGGACUGAAGUCCGCAAAUAUCUUCGAUUUGUAGAUCAGUAUCAAAGUCUGGUCAUAAAUGAAGAGCGCAUUGAAUCAUUAGACUUUGAUUACAAAUCAGGUCAUCUGUACUUCACUGAUUCUGAGCUUCGUGCAAUCAAGAGAGUGAAAUUCUCGAACGAAAACGCCUCCCAAGCACCGGACAACCUUGGUCUGGACAAUGUGUAUAGACCAAUGGGAAUCGCAGUGGACUGGUUGGGAAACAACAUUUACUUUGCAGAUCAGGGUCUUGAGACUAGAGAUGGAACGAGAGGCAAACGGGCUGCAGCAGAUAGAGGGCCCAAGAUUGUAGUUGCAUCGGCCAGGGAAUAUCCUUUUCAUGAGAAGACGUUGCAUACUGCUACACAACCUUACGCCAUUGCUGUCAACCCAAGAAAGGGUCUGAUGUACUGGACAGACCUAGGUGUUUCCCCCCACGGAUCUCUCCUCUUCAUGUCGUGGAUGAACGGAGAAUACAUGACACCCAUCAACGUGGCAGCAGCAAAACUCUACAAGCCGACGGGCCUCGCUGUUGAUUACACUGGGAACGAUACCGUGUACUGGUGUGACUCUGGGGCCGAUAUGAUUGGCUACAUCACGUAUGAUGGUAGUCUCUUCCGGGUUAUUGCUAAAGAAGGGCUUUCGAAUCCUUUCCAACUUGACGUCUUCGGAAAUGACAUCUAUUGGACGACGCGCUCCACUGAUAACAGAGGUCAGGUUCGGAGCAUGAACAAGACGGGUCAAGACCACGAGCUGAUCCUGAACGGCGUGAAUCUUCCUACUGGUAUCAAGAUGUGGCAGGAACAGAGAUAUCCUCUGACUGAGCCAAACCCAUGUGAGCGAAACCCUUGCCUGUACUUGUGCCUGAUAGUUCCGCCCCAGAAAAAUAGUGCCGUCAGUAAAGGAUUCGAGUGUGCCUGUCCGAGCGGUGUGGAGGUGGAUCCGACGCACUGCAGAGGGACACCAGUACCGACACCCACCACUACUUUACCUUGUAAAUGUGACAAUGGAGGCAUGUGUAGGGCAGACGGAACCUGCGACUGUUUACCAGGUUAUAUAGGAGCAAAUUGUGCAACUGCAGAUAAAAGUGAAGGGGGCGGACCCACAAGUGUCUUGAUCAUUGGGCCUCUUGUUGGCUUCAUCAUCCUUGCCAUAAUCAUCAUCGUGAUUCUCCUCUUCAUCUUCUACCGCAAACGAAAUAAGUUUGCUGGCCCCGUUGCCUACCGAGAUGGACAAAACGUUGAUAUCGCACCUCCACCAGUAGCUGUUGAAAGCCACUAUGAGACGAGGCUGGACCCAGCUGCUCCUGUCACAAUUGAGAAUCCUGCCUACGCAACUCUCGGCGCCGCUGGUGGAGGCGUCCCAAAUCUGCCAGAGAAGACCGGUCUGCCGUACGACGUAUCUGAGUACCAGCCCGGUUUCCAGGCAGGUCCGUUGCCGCCUAAGGAUUACAUGCAGGACGGUAUGCUAACGGCAGGCGGGUACCCCGAACCACCGCCUGCUUACACGGCUAACAACCCCCCUUCUCCAGAGAUUAAAGACCCUAAUAAUGGGCCAGAGUAAUACGUAAGGUCGAAGACCGCCACUCUCACAGGCCAAAUUUAACCAUUUAAUUAAAGACCAUUUUGUAUAAUCAGCACCAUAAAACCAUGGUUUUGUUGUUGAUUGUUUUGAAACAAUUUGUCUGCAAAAUGUCUAGUCAAAAAUCGUCACUUGCACAGGCCAAAUUUAACCCUUAGGAGAUCCUCUAUAUAUAAUCAUCAACGUACACCCAGACUUGCUUUUGUUGAUAACAGGAGACUUUUGGGACGCUUGGUGGCAGCAGACUUACCAGGUAAAAUCCAUUGUUCUUGGUUAUGUGCGCAUGCU